AUGACUCCACCAGCUUCCAAGAAAACACUGUUCGUUGCAACAAUAUCUGCUCUUGGCUUGAUCUGCUGUUUUGUUACAUUCUACAUGUAUUAUGAGUCUCCAUCUUCUGUCUGCCCAUAUGCAUCUCCAUCAGCUGAAGACAAAGAUUAUCAAGAUGUGGAUCCAAAUGAAAAGCCCAUAGUCCUGUUGUGGUUCUGGCCUGAUGGUGCGAGCUUUGAUUUCAAAGAUUGCUCUAAAUACUUCAACAUUGACAGCUGUGUUCUGACCGAUGACAGAUCCCUCUACAGCAAAUCAAAGGGAGUCCUUUUCUUCCACAGAAAGAUUGAAGGGAAUUUGGGAAAUAUGCCACAGGAGCCACGUCCAAGUUUUCAAAAGUGGAUUUGGUACCAUCUGGAAUCCCCAACGAACACGUGGAAGAUACCAGGUCUGGAAAACCUGUUCAACCUCACACUUUCCUACAGAAGAGAUGCUGACAUCACAGUGAGGUUUGAUCUCACUAUCAGAGAAACAGACAUGACAGAUAACUUCACUCUGCCCAAGAAAGACAAACUGGUGUGUUGGAUUGUUAGCAACAACGACCCAAACACUGGAACAGGUACAAGAGAACAAUAUUAUCGUGAACUGUCCAAGCACAUUAAGAUCGACCUCUUUGGUGCAGCUUUCGGAGGGCGUCUGAGCCUUGAAGAGUACUACCCAACUGUGGCUAGCUGUAAGUUUUACCUCUCAUUUGAGAACUCGCUCCACCGAGACUACUUCACUGAGAAGGUUAAUGGACCGCUUGUGUCAGGGACGGUUCCUGUAGUUUUGGGUCCCCCCAGAGAAAACUAUGAGCAGUUAGUUCCUUCUGACGCCCUCAUUCACAUAAAUGAUUUCCCUGAUGCAAAGUCACUGGCUGAGUAUCUGCUCUUCUUGGACAAGAACGAUGCAGAGUACAUGCGUUACUUUGAGUGGAGGAAGUUCUACUCAGUCACUCCUCAUCUGCUGGGAUUGGCAAAUGAAUUCACUCAGCCCAUCUGUCUCGCCUGUGACUACAUGUCAAGAGACGAAGGCUACAGUGUUGUUCAUGACCUUUAUGGGUGGUACUUUUCAUGAGAACUAUUCUAACACCAAAAUGAAAAAAUACUUGUUCUUUAACUGGAAUAUGAAGACAUAUUUGCCAAGCCUCUGUUGAGUUUCAUGAACAGACCAUUAUUUUCCCCCGAAACUACCAUUCUUUGGAUCAGUCGUGUUAUUUAAAAAAGACCUUUGUUUGGGUGACAUUUAUUGCAGAAUUACUUAUACAUUACUAUCAUCCAGCAUUCAAUGGACUGAGAGAUUUCUUAAUGUUAUAUAAUGAAAAUGCUGAAAUGUGACUGUACUUUUACCAUGCUCAUGUAAUGUCCACAUGAGGAUUUAUGUUUGAUUCUGACAAUGACAAUAUCUUUUAUGGAUAUUAAAAGGGCGA